AUGCGCGGGGCGGCGGCGACCCUCCGCCGCAGGGCGAGGCCCGGGGGGCGCAAGGGGAACGCCAUGCCCACCCCCGGGAACGGCACAGGCAUGUGUGUGCAGUUGCAGCAGCCCCUGCAGGGCACCUUCCAAGUGCUUCGUGGGGACGGCACUUCUGUGGGGACUGUCAUCGUGUUCCACUGCCCGUCAGGCCACCAGAUGGUGGGGUCUGGCCUCCUCACCUGUACCUGGAAGGGGAACAUCGCUGAGUGGUCUUCAGGGACCCCCAUGUGCAAGACUGUGCCCCUCUACGAAACCUUUGGCUUCAAGGUGGCCGUGAUCUCCUCAAUCGUCAGCUGCGCCAUCAUCAUGCUCAUGUCCAUGGCCUUCCUCACCUGCUGCUUCGUGAAGUGUGUGAAGAGGAGUGAGCAGCGGCGAUCCGACAGGGCAAACCAACUGUGGCUCCAGCUGAGACACGAGGAUUUGGAGACGGUACAGGCUCCCUACCUCGGCCUUAAGGGCCUCAACAGUGACAGCAGCAUCAGUGGAGUGUCCAGGAUCCAACCUGUUCAAGUGCACGACAAUCACAGCUUCACCACAGACCUUGGUGAGGGUACCAGAGAGCUGGCCAGCAUGGCCCGAGGCGUGGACAAGGACUCCUGGACCGCCAGUGGCCCCACCAGCUCACCCCGCGCCCAGAUGAUGGUGCAUACAGCAAGCCCAGGGCAGAUCCCGCCUCCCUCCAGGCCAACUGUGAUGCUCAGACAGCCUGCAGCCUAUGUCCCAGGGUGACCAAAGCGGAGGCCCCAGCCUACCCUCCACAGCGGGAAGGCCAGGACGACCUACCAGCUGACACCUGCAUCUCGACAUGUGUCCAGCUCAAGACUGGUCAGUGAAACCAGUCUCCGGGCUUAGAGAUCCCUCAAGGCAUUGAGUUGGGGACCCUUUCAGGGGGUGACCUGUCCCAGGGGAGCCCAGCCAUAGUUGUUUUUAUAGACAGGGCUCCUUGAAACCACCACUGAGGUUCACAAAACCAGCUGCAGCCUCCCUCUAGUGAGGCCCCUUUGAAGAGACUGGAGGACAUUUUAGGCACAUCUAGUUUUGCAUAGCAGAGUGGAGGAGAUGGCAGCAGACUCCUCACAGUUACAGCUGGCUGCCUUGUACCUACAAGCAGAGACCCAGCUGGGAUGCUGCGUCCAUUAUCUGUAGA